ACUCAACCAUUUCUAGGCGAAGCAUAAGGAUUGGAAGUUAACCAAUUCUCAAACCAUGAAUAUGAAGUAUGUGGUCGUGCUUGUCAUAGCAAUUGCAGCAAUGGCAGAAGCAGCACAAUACACUGUAGGAGACGACAUGGGUUGGAUGGUUCCUCCCACUCCUGACUAUUAUGCUACAUGGGUUUCCAAGUAUUACUUCGUUGAGAACGAUACUCUAGUGUUUAACUUUAAACAAGGAAUGCAUGACAUCACUGUACUAACCAAGGAAGACUUCGACUCAUGCAACAUGGCAAAUCCUUUGUUUCAAUCCCCAGAACCAGGUGAGGUUAUGGUUAUGGCCAGCGACACAUUUUACUUCACCUGCAGCUUCGGUCAGCACUGCGCUAACGGCCAGAAGUUCGCCAUUUACUUUGCCUCUGCACCUUUGCCUCCCAGUCCAAGUCCAUUUCCAAGUGAAUCUGCUACUGUCGAAAAAGCUAAGCAGUCCCGGAAGUUCAAGUUUGUAUCGAUGGGAAACUAG